UUAAUUUUAAUGUUAUAUAUAUCUAUAUAUGGCUGCGACAAGAAGGAAGGAAAUUUAAUCAGCUUUCACACUAAGGACUUCAAUGUUCUAAUCGGAUACCAUAACAUUUUUAUCAGACGUUUUGACAUUUGGACUUUCUUAUAUUCAACUGUUUUUGUGAUUGAAGAAAUUUUACAAGUUGCAAAUAAACUAGUGAAGAAUUUUUCAUCUCCAUUUCGAGUCUGGUUUGGCAAUAUUGCAUAUAUCUGUGUAUAUGACGGAGACCAGAUAAAGGCUGUCCUGCAAAGUCGAUGCUUCGAGAAAAGUUCGAUUUAUAACAUUUUUAAACCAGUAUUGAGAACAGGACUUCUCACAUCUUCUGUAUCUAUAUGGAGUUCAAAUCGAAAAAUGAUGGAGAGAAUUUUUACUCCAAACCACCUUCGAAUGUACUUUAAUAUAUUUGUGCAACAAUCAUUAGCACUUACGGACGAAUUAGAAAAAGUUGAACAAAAUAGUAAUGAAAUUAUACUUCUUGACUUCCUAUAUAGAUAUAAUUUGAACAUUGCGUGUGAAACUAUGUUGGGCCUCAAAGUGGAAUCACAAUUACUACACCAAUUACUUGAAAUAGUGAUGAGCAUAAAGAAAACUUUUAGAUAUAGAUUAAGUCACAUAUUUUUGCAUUCAAAUGUUAUAUUCAAUCUUUCUACUACAAAACGGAGACAGCAAAAACUAUUAAAUAAUGGCAUUUUGCUUAUAAAUGAGAUACUGCAAAGGAAACAUGCAUUCGAUAAAUUUGAGGCAACCAAAUCCAACAGUGAGACACUUCUUUUCGACAUUCUGUUGGAAGCAUCUCAUGAAGGAAGAUUAACUCAACAAGAACAUUUGGAUCAAGUGAUUACAAUGUUAUUCGCAGCCACUGACACAACUGCUCUUACAAUAAAUUUUGUGACUUUUAUGCUCGCAAAUUUCCCAGAAGUACAGGAAAAAGUGUACAAUGAAUUAUCAGAAAUUUACGGCACUGAAUCUCCAAAAUCUGUACCAAUUAAAUAUGAUGAUUUGCAAAAAAUGGAAUAUUUGAAUCGAGUUAUUAAGGAAACAAUGAGACUCUUCCCAUCUGGUCCUUUGAUUGGACGAAUUCUAACAGAAGAAUUAAAGAUAGGAGAAAUUAUUUUACCUAAAGGAGCUGAUAUACUUAUGUCUAUAUUUCAUAUGCACCGAAAUAAGAAACAUUGGUCGAAUCCCUUGGUGUUCGAUCCAGAUAGAUUUCUCCCAGGAAACCUAAAACAUUGUUCGAAAUAUUUCAUGCCGUUUAGUACCGGACUCAGAAAUUGUAUUGGUCAGAAGUAUGCGAUGAUUUCUAUGAAAGUCAUUCUUGCAACAUUGAUACGAACAUUUGAAUUUAAAUUAGAUAAAAAUAUCAAUAUAUAUGAUAUAAAACUUAGUAUAGACGCAACAUUGUGUACUGUAAAUCCUCUGAAAGUUAAAAUAGAAAAAAGAAAUUAUUGAAUUUAAAAAAUAUAACAAUUUAGGUUAAAAGAAUAUGUAAAUGGGAAAUAUGAGAAAUAAAGGGUAAAGGAUAUAAG